AUUACUUUAAUCUUCUGGUUUUACAAUUUGUGUUAUUGUACAUGUACUAUACAUGCAUUAACAAUAGAGAUAGCAUUACUGUAACGAGUGACACAUAAUUUUCGUCUCGUGUAAGCGUUACGUGAAUUGUGUUUUUCGUGUUGCUUUCUUACGAUAUACAAAAGUGUAUCUCUCGUGAUUAUUUCGCGAUUGAAAGUACCGUGCAAAGUCUCGCGAUCGUUGCGUAUACAACUAAUUAUAAUGAAUCGUGUUUUCGCGAGUGAGUGUUAUGAGAAAACACCAAGGGAUAAACAACAGAGGAAAAACAGAUCUGGAACAGCAUCAGGCAAUGCGUAUAUGAUCAACAUAACUGACAACUUGAGACAACGACAAAGGAAAGACAUCCUUACACCGGCGGGGCAACUCUAAGCUGGAUCCAUGAUUGUGGCAAAAUGGUGGAUCGGCAAAAGGCACUUCUGAUGGUGUUAUUGGCGCUCCUGAUUUAUCCAAACGAUAUCUUUGGAGGCGCUUUUCAACCCGAAUUCUCCGGCCCUAUCACCAAUCUAACCGUACCACUCGGGAGGGACGCCACUUUCACGUGUCUGGUAAAACAUCUAGGAGGUUACAGGGUCGGUUGGGUAAAGGCGGACACGAAGGCGAUUCAGGCGAUACACGAUCACGUGAUCACGCACAACAAGAGGGUAACCGUGUCUCACAGCGAUCACAGUAUGUGGAACCUUCACAUCAAGGGCGUCCAGAAAGAGGACGGCGGUCUUUAUAUGUGUCAGAUCAAUACGGAUCCCAUGAAGAGUCAGACAGGUAUGCUGUCGAUUGUCGUGCCGCCUGAUUUCGAUCCUGACGCUACAUCGAGCGACAUGAUGGUAGGCGAGGGCGGCCAGGUGAAGUUAACGUGCCGGGCGAGAGGCGUACCCGAGCCGCGCGUAUCCUGGCGCCGAGAAGACGGCAGGAACAUUAUAAUUCGGGAGCCAUUUGCAGGAAGCGCCCCGAACCAGAAGUCUCACGUGUCUUCUGUGACCGAGUUUUUGGGCGAGGAGCUGAAACUGACGAAGAUUUCGAGGAACGAGAUGGGGGUUUAUCUGUGCAUCGCCAGCAAUGGGGUUCCGCCCGCGGUCAGCAAACGUAUUUAUAUCAACGUUCAUUUUCCGCCGGUGAUUCACGUACCCAAUCAGCUGGUCGGUGCGCCCUUGGGGACGGACGUGGUCUUAGAAUGUUUCGUCGAGGCGUCCCCGAUGUCGAUUAACUAUUGGGUCAAGGAUCCGAAGGGUGCGAUGAUAAUAACUAGCGUCAGGUACGACGUGCAAGCGGUGCCGAAGUCGCCGUUCGAGGUCCGGAUGAUCCUCACCAUCCGGAAUCUGCAGAAACACGACGUGGGAACGUACAAGUGCGCGGCCAAAAAUUCCCUCGGCGAGGUCGAGAGCAAUAUUCGAUUAUACGAAAUCUCCGGACCGACGAAGACGCAGACGUGGCCGCCCUUCUACGACGAGGAGGACGAAGUGGUAUACGGCUCGGCGGAGGUGGACAAGGCGGACAACAGGCCGCCGACAGACAACACGGUUUACGGCCGCGUGGGUCCACUGGUCACACCGUCCUCGGCGAUCCGCAUCGGCAAGAAACGACCCAUGAUCAACGCCAAUUCGGCCGCCGAUGCUCAUCGACGAUGGCUGCCCGUCGUCCUGUCACCCCUGGUAUCGCUGACGAUCGUCUGUCGCAGAUGGUGGUGGUGGUGAUGAUGGUGAUGGUGAUGAGGAACGGGAAAGAGCCGAGGAAUUUCCAAGGAUCGGGUCGAGGCACACGUCGUUGGUGCUCACGUUCGCACGUCGGUCUUAUCGUGGCGCGAUUUCGGCGACAAACGUAAUCCACUUUCGAAGAAGUGGCGCGAUCAACGUUGCAGGCUCACGAAGUUGUUUCUAUUGCAGACCCGUUGCAGCGAGUUUUGCGAGGAGAAAUAUGUCCGCAACGCGCUUUAUCAUUGGCUGCGCGAUCGGAUUUUCAAGGGAGAUUCGAUGCCAAAGCAAACUACUCUGAUCCUAUCUGAUCAGUGAGAUAAAAUCGCACGGAGUGAAUCAUACGUUACGUUGCAAAUUUCAUGUCCGGUAGCCGGCUUCGCGUGAAACAAAAGCUUUAAUCCUCAUUGGCUAUUCAGCAGCUUGCUCGGCUCUACGCAGCAAAAACAACUUCGAAUGGGCUUAAAUCACCGCUGCUGCCGCCGACGUAUCGUCUUCCCUGAGUGGCUUAUUCGUAAUUCAUAGACUUAAUCAAUGGAUCGGAAGCUCGCGAAAGGGAUGAACCACGUGGGUCUGAAGACAAGGAUUUACAUCGCGGGACUUAUGUAUCUUGAUCGUUGUACUUGGUGAUUGGAUCGAAGAAUCGAUCGGUGAGUGCUAAAUUAAUUAAAUUCAGGGGUCAAAUUCGAAUUAUAAGGUAGGUUCUAUUUUCGAUACUAUUAUAUUGUCAUGAUCAUUAUUAAUUAUCAAAAAUGUCCUAGAUUAUUUUAUUCUUAUGCAAUAUUGAACAAUCUUAUUUUAAUAGUAGAGUCUCUCGUUUUACUUAAUUUCAAGAUAGCUCGAGAAAAUCAAGAUUAAUUAAAUUAAUAAUUUACAUUACGUACAUUACUUAUAUUGCAAAUUUUAUACAAAAUUGACUUUUCUAUUUCUGUUCUGUGGAAGAAUGAAUUAUUGAUACGAUCGCGUGAACGAUCGGUUAAGAUAUUCAUCUAGCGAAUAUAUAGGCGACGUCUAGAUAAUUGCGUGAUAAUAAAUAAAAAAUGGCGGUCAUAAUAAAUAAAAAAAAGACGCAAAAGAUAAGGAAAAAAACCCAAAAGCGGUGGUAGAGGCCAAAAGAUAGAUAGACGAAGAGAGCGACAAGGAGAUAUAUUUAUUUCGAAGUGAAAAUGAUAUCGCGGAUCAAAGAUGCGUAACUCCUCAGCUUUAUUGGCAAUAAGCUGCGUGAUAUGUGUAUAUAUGUACGUGUGUAUUAUAUACGGACACGCUCGCAUGUGUAUAUGUGUGCAUACGUCAGGGUAACUAACACGUUCGUGCCAUCUUAUUUCUCUCUCUUUUCCUCCACCCAUCUUUGUACGUUCUUCAAUCGUGCAAGCCGCAUGACGUAGCGUUCUUUAAGCACCUAUCGCGAUUUAGACGAGUAUCGAAAAUCUUAAAUUGAGUUUCGAUCCGAAAGUGACAAGACGUAUGUCUUGACGGAUGCUCUCGAUCUCGAAUCGAUCGAAUCGAUCGAUUGCGACUCGAAGCUGAUCGCUCACAUCUGUGAAUCUGUCCUCUUCGUAAAAUUUUUUUUCCCUCUCUCUCUCUCUCUUUCUUUCUUUCUCUUUAAUUUUUUAACUAUUUGUUUUUUCGAAUGAAAUUUUGAAAACAGCUAAUUCUAAUUACAAUAAACGCUUUCGAUGGCAAAACUCUCCAAUCAACGUGAAAUCAAGUAUGAUUUUGAAGAAAUGUUUAUUUCAAGAGAGCUCUUACUUUUCUAAAUGUGAUUCUCGAUAUCAAAAUACUGCCAUAGUAGCGGAAUGAAGACUUUUCAAUGAUCGUUCACUCGAGAGUUUUGCCUUCGAGAACGGACUUUCGAUAUUAGAACUUUCAUUCGGUUAAAAUAAAUUUCAAGAGGUAUUUAUAUUUGAACUUUAACGUAACCACAACUGUUGACUAUAAAGAUUUAAACUAAACUUAAAAGAGACGUUACAUAAGACUCUCGUGCUUCCGAGCUGUAAUUUCUAAAAUUGCAAAAUAAAAAACAUAGUAAAAGUCUUAAAAAUAUACGUUUACGAAAGGAAAAAAAAUCGACGAUUUUGACAGUAGUUUUAAAAGGAAACUUUCCUAUGUAAAUAAAAUAAAAAACCUAGGAAAAUAUAUAGUUCUCAUUUUCUUCUGAUGAUUGGCUUAAUGACAAGACAAUAAAUUUGAUAUUUCUUGCAUUUAUUAAAUGUACGUAUAUGACAUUAAAGAUCUUUUACAGCUAUAUAGUACGUGAGGUUAGAUUUAGAAGGAUAUCGUUGAAUUCAUUUUGUUUACAUAUAAUAUAAUGCUAAACUACAAUUAAUGAUAAAAAAAU